ACGCUUAGGUUAUGCGUUUUAGAUUUUAUCGUAAUUAACUCCUGGCAACAAUUAUAGCAAUGUAUCACACGGAAGUUGAAACUACUGAAACAGCGCCAGAGAACAUGGAUAAUGCAGUGAUUUACACCAGCAACCGCAACACCAUCAAGACAGAUCUCUGUUUGCUGUUGGAGUGUGUGAAGUUCCAAAUGAACUGUCCGGAUCUGCAAAAGCAAGCCCUCAUCGCUAUCACCUCCAUAUGUGAGAAGAAAGAGCACAAUGUGGACCUGCUGAGAGAAAUGGGAGGCAUGAUGUUUGUAUACAACCUCUUCAAAUCCAGUGUUGUUAAUCCAGCUGUGAGGCACACUGCACUCUUUACACUUGGAACACUAGCAGAUGCCAGUGUAUACUGCAAGAAUGCCCUGUGCCGAAAGGAGAUGUUUCUGGACCUCGGUGGCUAUUUGUUGGAAGAAGAUGCCUCGCUUAAACAGAAGAGUCUCUCUGUCUAUUUGCUGUCUGUGUUGGUAACCAGCAACAAGGCAGGGCAGACUUUAGCCCAAACCACUGGCUGCAUAGACAUUCUGCUGAACCUCUUCAGAAACAUGUUCCCUGAAUCUACCGCAGACUCUGCUCACAUUUGUCUGUGGAUAUCAGUGUCAAAUGCUCUCUGUGGAUGUGUCAACAACCCUCAGAAUGAGGAGACUCAGCGUAUCUGCGUGUCAUCCUUUCCCAAAAUAAAAAUGUGGCUUCAGCAUGUUUCUUUGCCUUGCUUCGAAGUGUUUCGAUACCUUUGCUCCUUCAUUGCGAUGACAGUUGCCAACAAUGCACGUGUUCAGGAGAGCUUUGCUGCCACCGGGGCGUUAGAGACCUUUGUUGUCAUGCUGAUCCGUCUGGCAUCUGACUCUGACACAAACCCGUUGUCUUGCCAGCUUUUAGUAAUAAUAAUCAAGACCAUGUCAGCUUGUAUCGCUAACACCGCAAACUUGGCUUCAGGUUUGGCUCGCUACAUUAUAGUGGGCCAUCUCAUCUCCGUGCUGGCUAGCCCACACCUCAACUGCGAGGACAGACUGGCGACGCUCAUCUUGCUGGGUCAUUGCACCGAAGCUUCUGAGGAACACCAGUGUCAGCUGGUGCAGUGCGGCGGCCUGCCGCUAAUCAUCACGCUGCUUGUUGAAGACGCGAACGAGGAGGUCAGGAAGUUUGCAACGUUCAUUUUGCAGACCUGCAAACACGCUAUUGCAUCCUUGGGAAUCUCUGAUCUAAAGCAAGAGGAAGAUGAGAAGCUUGACACACAAGCUGCUGAAGAGUUGGGCGUAUCUUCUGCUUCAUCACCACUGCUGCUGCAAAGAGGUCGCCUGUCACCAGUCAACCCCAGGACUCGCAGUGUCUUUAAAUUGCUGCAUUCCUCAAAUAUAUUCAACACGAAGGAGAAAGAAGAAGCAGAAGGGAGUCACGCCAAGAAUGUGAGAUCAUGUGAAAGUGCUGAGAAAGAAAAUCCUGAAAGCAGCGGAAGGAUUGUGUCAUGUUCCGCGUGUCACGGUACUGGAUCCCUUAUGCAGUCCCAAGUACAGCAACUAAAGGGAGGCAGAGAUGCAUAUACAGGAGACAGUCCCCAACUGAAAUCUCCAGAGCAAGACCACAAUGUACUGAGAACUAUUAAAUGCAGUGAUGGAGAAAAGUUGCAGAAAAGUGACAUGUUUGGGGAGAAAAGACAAGAAGAACAACAAUCCCACUACAAUGAAAGAUGUGCAGGUUGCGUGAUGCCUUUUGAGAAAGUGACUAGUCGCACUUUUGGAUCUGUCCUGUUCUCCUGCCGUCAGAAGUGCGACAUGCACAAGGUCCUUCUCGAGGCUACGGCGCGCUUCACGGCCACCCACCGUCGCUCGCCGUCAGAGGGAGAGAAGAGAGAGAGACCUACCCUCCCAAAACCUGAGAGAGUGUUGGCGGGAGCGCCACACGAAACCCUCGCAAGCCGGAGUUUUCCGUGUUUGAAUUUAAAAAAUGUCAACCUGACUCCCAUCUGUAAAACAGCAAAGCCUGAAAGGAUUGCAAAGAGGCGCAAUGAAACAAACUUGAUCCCAGUGCAAAGAGGAGCUAAAGCACCAAAGAAACUUACUUAGUAGCUCAAUGAAAGACACAUGCAAACCAGCUACUAACUUGCAAAUCAAGAAACAAGCGAGAGAGAAAUGAGUGUGGCCUGAAAUGUUACAGGGAUGAAGCACUAAAAGCAAAUAUUAGUUUCCAUCAAACAAGUUUGAAUUUGCCCACUUAUUCAGGAUUGUUUAGCUCUAUAAAAAAAAAAGCUUCCCCUUUUUCCACAAACACGAGGAAAGGAUUGUGAAACUCAAGCCUGUGUCACAACCAAACCCCACCGUCCACCCACCACUUAAGCGUGAGUUGGCAAUAUAUGCUAUAACACAUCGUUACUGUACACUGCAGCAUCAGUAUCUUCUGUAUUUUUGACUCUAAACACAUCUACAAAAAUCUAAUUUCACAGUGUCCUUGAACACACCACACGGGACGUUUUCAUAAUGGGCACUAGUCAUUGCACAUGCAACAGUGUUACAGCAGAGAUACCGUAACCAUUUGUGUUUACAUAACACAAAAGAGGCAUUAUUUUGAAUCGGAAUAACUAUGUGAACAGUACAGUCAAUACAUUUGUUUCAUUAAGACAGAAUUUACAGUACAGGUUCAAGUGCCCAAUUUCCAUGUAAUGACCAAUACAAGUAACCCAUAUGCGAUGUGGCUGUGUUUACAUUCAUGGAUGGCCAAAUUGCACAUAAACAUCUCAAGCAUCAGUAAACAAUAAUACAAUAAUAAUACAAAUAGUAAAUGUUGCAUUGUGUUUAAUUGGCCUUGGGUGACUCCCCCCAGUGAUUUAAUUGAGGGUCACGUCCACAUUACUCCACGUCCACUGCUUGCUUAUUUACUGAUGGACACACUGCUAUUAUGGCAAAUUUAGAUCUUAUUUAAUGAGCAGUGUUUUUUUUAAAUAAAUGAUUUGAUGAAAAUCAAUUGGACAUAUAACUUCAAUAAUAUCCAUCCAUCCAUUUUCUGAGCCGCUUCUCCUCACUAGGGUCGCGGGCGUGCUGGAGCCUAUCCUAGCCAUCAUCAGGCAGGAGGCGGGGUACACCCUGAACUGGUUGCCAGCCAAUCGCAGGGCACUGCAAUAAUAAUUACACCUAAAUAAAUGUUCAAAAGCAAAUAGUUCUUAAAUUGUAGCAAUAAAAAUGAAAUACAACUGAUCUGUACUUAGGCAGUGAUUCUUUGGCAUACCACUAGAAGGAGCACGCAUACCAUUUGUGGUCCUUGUACCACAAUUGAGAAUCACUUGUCUAUGCUUUUGCUGUUGUUUUUUUAAAAGUGUUUAUUUGUUUUGUUUGAGCAGAUGCAUUGGCAGAUAUCCAGUACAUAUCAGAUUACAUAUUUGGAAGAGGCCAGAUUCCAAUCUGAAGCUAUCCCAUUCCAUGUUUUGUUUUUUCUCUUCGCUUCCAUGAUGCAUAUCCUAAUUGUGCCCCUCAGAGCAAAAAAAUGGAAUUGUAUCAUUGAAACCAUGAAGUGUAAAUCCAGCCUAAGACUGUCCUAUUUCUCUGUCUUCAGAAAAGAAAAGCCAUGGGAUACCGACUGUUAGAUCCUGGACUAAAAAUCCCUACCCUUUUAUCAGCCUCCACAUUAACUGUUUGGCUACACAGCCUUCUGUUCUGCACUGCAGUUUAUCUUUAAAUGUUCUGCUGUUACUGUAAUGAGUUGUUGUGUAAACUAGUUCUGCUGCACUUUAAUAGAAGUGUAGCCGUUGUUAAUAGCGUGUUUGUUGUCAUUUCUGAAUUAAAAGACAUGUUUAAGCCUUG